CUCCCUGUGGUGACGGCUUGUUGUUGUGGAGGCCAAAAUGGCGGCUCAGGCGGCGGCAGCGGCCCAGGCGGCCGCGGCCCAGGCGGCGCAGGCCGAAGCGGUCGAGUCAUGGUACCUGGCACUUUUGGGCUUCGCCGAGCACUUCCGCACGUCCAGCCCGCCCAAGAUCCGCCUGUGUGUGCACUGCCUGCAGGCGGUGUUCCCCUUCAAGCCGCCUCAGCGCAUCGAGGCCCGCACGCACCUGCAGCUCGGCUCCGUGCUCUACCACCAUACCAAGAACAGCGAACAGGCGCGCAGCCACCUGGAGAAAGCGUGGUUGAUAUCACAGCAAAUCCCACAGUUUGAAGAUGUUAAAUUUGAAGCAGCAAGUCUUUUGUCUGAAUUGUACUGUCAAGAGAAUUCCGUUGAUGCAGCAAAGCCACUGUUGCGGAAAGCGAUCCAGAUAUCGCAGCAGACCCCAUACUGGCACUGCCGCCUGCUCUUCCAGCUUGCUCAACUGCACACACUUGAGAAGGACCUGGUGUCAGCCUGCGACCUCCUAGGUGUGGGAGCUGAAUAUGCACGGGUGGUGGGAUCCGAGUACACACGGGCGCUGUUCCUGCUCAGCAAAGGGAUGCUGCUGCUGAUGGAGCGCAAGCUGCAGGAAGUCCAUCCACUGCUGACCCUCUGUGGACAGAUUGUCGAGAACUGGCAGGGAAAUCCUAUCCAGAAGGAAUCUUUACGUGUCUUCUUCCUUGUGCUCCAGGUGACACACUACCUGGAUGCAGGGCAGGUGAAGAGUGUGAAGCCAUGCCUGAAGCAGCUGCAACAGUGCAUUCAGACCAUCUCCACUCUGCAUGACGAUGAGAUUUUGCCCAGCAACCCCGCUGACCUCUUCCACUGGCUGCCCAAGGAGCACAUGUGUGUGCUUGUCUACUUGGUGACUGUGAUGCACUCCAUGCAGGCUGGCUACCUGGAGAAGGCGCAGAAAUACACAGACAAGGCACUCAUGCAGCUGGAGAAGCUCAAGAUGCUCGACUGCAGCCCCAUCCUAUCCUCCUUCCAAGUGAUCCUGCUUGAGCACAUCAUCAUGUGCAGGCUUGUCACAGGACAUAAGGCCACCGCACUUCAGGAGAUCUCACAGGUCUGCCAGUUGUGCCAACAGUCACCCCGGCUCUUCUCCAAUCACGCUGCACAGCUGCACACGCUUCUGGGCCUGUACUGUGUCUCCGUCAACUGCAUGGACAACGCAGAAGCCCAAUUCACCACAGCCCUGCGGCUCACCAAUCACCAGGAGCUAUGGGCCUUCAUUGUAACCAACCUGGCGAGUGUGUAUAUACGGGAAGGAAAUAGACACCAAGAGGUAUUAUACAGCUUGUUGGAGAGGAUCAACCCAGACCACAGCUUCCCUGUCAGCUCUCACUGCCUUCGAGCAGCGGCUUUCUACGUGCGUGGGCUCUUCUCCUUCUUCCAGGGACGCUACAAUGAGGCCAAGCGAUUUCUGCGAGAAACUCUGAAGAUGUCCAAUGCAGAGGACUUGAACCGGCUCACAGCCUGCUCUCUGGUGCUUUUGGGCCACAUUUUCUACGUGUUGGGGAACCACAGGGAGAGUAACAACAUGGUGGUGCCCGCCAUGCAGCUGGCCAGCAAGAUCCCGGACAUGUCAGUUCAGUUGUGGUCAUCAGCCCUGCUGAGAGACCUGAACAAGGCCUGUGGGAAUGCCAUGGAUGCCCAUGAAGCCGCCCAAAUGCACCAGAACUUCUCUCAGCAGCUGCUCCAGGACCACAUCGAGGCCUGCAGCCUCCCCGAGCAUAACCUUAUCACGGUAUAGGCACGAGUGGACAGAUGGCCCGCCGCCUGUGCAGUUCCAAGCUCAGAAUGGACCCAACACCAGCCUGGCCAGCCUCCUUUGAGACCCCUGGAGGGGACCACCCAGCUUCUCAAGGCCUCCGUGGGGCCUAGUGUGUCCCUGACUUCCACACAGACAGCACUCGCGCUUUCCUCUGAGGCGUGCUGGCAUGGUGUCCCCAGGCUUCUUUCCCAGAGCUUCCAAGUCCCCGGGGAGUGUGCAGGGCCAAUUCCCACCCUCCCAGGAAGGGCUGGCCAGCUUUACCGCUGUGAAUCAGGACCCCGGUGCUGAGGCUUGCAGGUGGAACGUUGGAGCCAAUUUUUCAGAGCCAUCUUUUCAAGUGGACUUGAACUGCCAGUCCUACUACAAGUUACACUUUCCUGGGACUGUAUCUGGAUGGGGAGUGCCAGGCUGGGCAGCACCACUGGGGCAUUGCCACGUGACUUCCAUUGCCUGAACUUCUGUGCCAGGCUGGAGUGUUUCCUCUGCUCUCACAGCAGCUUCCAGAGCUUAGAGGCAAGAUGCCAAUUUCUGGCCAAAAAUUGAAAGGAAGAAGUGAGGAUGCACAUCAGGGACAAAAAUGCAUGUCCUGCUACAACACUUUUCCCAGCUUGCCUUUCUCUCCAGCGUCCAUCCUUCUGACAACUAGUGCCUCUGGUCAGGGGACCCAUGAACUCGCCUUCCAAACAUCUGUACCUUGACUGGAUCACUGUCUGGCCAUGGGGGUGCACAUGCUGUAAACAUGGGUGUGCAUGUGUGUGUGCAUGUGCAGUAGAUUCAGGUUUGUGUGUGUGUGUGUGUGUGUGUGUGUGUGUGUGCGCGCGCGCAUAUGUGCACAUGCAUGUGUGUUGAUUCUCAGAGCUGGAGCUGGAGCUGAGACUCCUGUGUUUGCACCAGCUGCCUUCCCCCAUCAGUGUCUGUAUUGUGGGGUAGGAAGCAGGGGAAAGGGGAGAGGACCCUCCUCAGUCCAACUCGGGGUGCUGAACGAAGGCAGCUCUGUGGCCUCGUCUGCAGAGGAUAUUUGCAGAUGUCUGGAGCCCAGCCAACUUGGCCCUUGGGAAGGAGGACUACCUACCGUGGGUCUCGGCACAGCAUUGAAACCUCUUCCCAAGCUGGACCCCCCCCCCCCCCCCCAGGAAUUUCUGCCAGGCUCAGACAGUGUGCUUGAUUCUGUGCUCCUCUUGGAUACUCUAGGAGGUGCCCCAGUGAUGAUGGUGGGAUUGGGGGCAAUCAAGGCAGCCUCCCCCUCCAACUUCUGGCACCUGGGGGCAGCUCCCCACUGAGGGGUGGUGAGUGGUCUUGCUGGUCAGGGUGGCUUGUUGGUUUGUGUCUCAUUACCCUUGCACUGUGAAGGCUGCUUCUCGAAGCCUCUGUCUGUGAUGGAAGGAACGUUAGGAUAUGGGAUUACUCAGGUAGCUACUUGGGCCCUGAGCCUGGGUGUGCCUUAGCCACAAGCAGGACUGUUAGCAGAUCACCCUGCACUGGGCCACUGCCCUCACCAGGCCUGUGACAGGGCCCUGCUGCCCACUUGGGGGCCAGUGACAGGCAUGCAAGUGAGUCACCAGUUAGAGGGACAGGCUUUCCAGGGCUUGUCCCAAGAGGACCUACCAUCCCCGUGUUGCCCAGGAGAACCUGGGUGUUCAGGGCUGCUCCCUCUGCUGACACCCCUGAGUGUGUGAGGCCUGUGGAGGAGGGUGUAAGCCCAGUCAUAAGCUGUCCCCAUUCUGUCUUCCUCCUCCAUCAGGGGCCUUCCCCUCCACUCAAGGGAUGGAGCCCCCAUCUCGCCAUAAGCUGCGCCUACCAGCCUGGAUCCCACACUGUCUAACUUCUCUGUAUCCACAUUAGUUCAAUUGUUGCACAUGUUUGUCUCUGUGUAUUUAUUUAAGCCUUUCUUUGCUUCUAGGGCAUUUUGUAUGUAGAACAAUUUAAAUAAGAACCUCAAAACUUAAUGUCUGUUCCGAUGUUAAAGUGCUUUUAGUGACCACUCUGUUAUCUAUAUGUGUGUGUAAAGUUAAGGAUAAGUUCUUAAGUUUACAAUGAAAAAUUCAGUACUCAACAUUUAAUAUUCCACUUAGCUUUAUGGGAGCCAAACCGUGUGUAUGGUUUUGAACCUCCCUUUAAUGCAGCAUCUACCAAUAACAUCAAGCUGUCGUACAUACCUUUCUGUGAGUCCACAUUGAGUGUCUCAGUUUCUCAAUCAUAAGAAUUUAAGACAGGUAGCAAGUGAGCCACCAGAGAGAUGUUGCAUAAGUGUCAUAUAGCUAAAUGUUUGAAAAAAUAAGAUAAAAAUUCCAAACUCUUGGGCGCACAGUAAUAGCAGGAUUUCGUUGGCAGGUCAAUUGCUAAAAAUUGGUCAGACCCUCAUGUGCUCUCCCCACCUCCUCCUGUUAAUAGAAGUGGCCCUGGGCUUGUUGGUCUGGGGUGCUAGUCCUGGAGGUGCUCCCAGGUUCCCUCGAAAACAGCUGCCUCCUGCAGGUGGCCACAGGCAUGGUGAGGGUCCUCUCCCUGGGGUAAAUACUCCCUAUCCCACUGACUGAGAGCACAAUUGAGUAAGGGCUGCCUGGCACAGUGGAUAUGCUUGUGGUUGCAUUGUUUGUUUUGUUAAAGGGUUUUUAAUAAGUAUGUUUGGCAUAAUAUCUUUUUAACGGGUUUGUAAUAUGGUUUUAGCAGCCUGUAACUUCACUGGUGCUUUUAAUCAGGAAAACAAAUCUAUAAAUGCAAAACAUUGUUUAAAAGACGUAACUAUACAAUAUAGCUUCUUGUUUGUGGAUUUCUUUUUCUUUGUAUUCAAAGUAAAAUCACUUGCAGUAGCUAUCA